GCGCGCAGCGCUGCCUCCGUACGUCCGUCUGUCCGUGCGUGCGUGCGUUUCCUCUGGCCGGCUAGCAGGACAGAUAGGCACACUAUAGCUGGCAGUUAGCUAGUCACUAGCGAUCGUUCUGUUGUUGAAUGGAAUAUAGCAAUCGGUGGCAAUUGUCGUGAAGGAACUAGUGAGUGGACCGAGUGUGACGGGAAUUACGACUAACGGAGUAGUCACAGCAAAGCUACCAUUGUCCGCCUGUUGAAGUGAUCUCUUAACUGCGUUUCGCUGUUGCUGCUGCUGCUGUUGUUGUUGUUGUUGCUGUUGUUGACUAACGGACAUACAAAUGGACAGACUCACUGACACUGACCGCAGUACCAAACAACUAUCCCAUAGUUAGUUACUUCGCUGUCCGUUAAACGCACCCAACAACUGCCGACUGUGAGUUGGAACAAGUUGAAAAAGAGGAUCCAAAGCGAGAGCCGUCCGUUCUCCAGUGGACCGGCAGCAGCAGCUGUUGCUGCUGGCGAACACAACAGCACCAAUUGGAAUAGCACCAGCGGCCGCGAGUACCCGGCAGCGCGGACGCUCCGCGCACUCUCCGCAGAGUACAGUCAAUGCUGGCACAGGCAGACAGGCAGUUCAUCGACUCCCUAAGCAAAGACAACACUGGAGAGCAGUUAAGGCAGAAAAAACGACGUUCGAUGCUAACUGAGACGACGAGUCGGCGUCGCGUCAUUUUCACCAGCUGCUGCUGCUGCUGCCGCCGCCGCCGCCGCCGACACCUUCGUUGUUGUUGUGGUGUCGUUUCAGAAGGUUCCAUGUGCACCAACGGAAAGAGCGUACAAUAUGAGUGAAGGCGGUUACUGCUGGAAUAACAGUAAAGCCGUAGAUCACGGCGGCAGUGUCAGUGCCUGAUGCGAACAGUAGACACUUGGAAGAAUGAAUAACAGCACAAGUGUCAGUGAAUGCGGUACGCAAUUAUCCUUUUAAACACUCAUUAGGACGCCUGUACGUUUCGUAGCGGCGUGAAAAAAUAGCACAAAUUUCAUGACUGGGUGACGCCAGCUGUUUGACGAGCUUGUACCACAACCGCUGCCAUCAUACGACUACCAUUACUAUCGGCGACCAGCAAAACAGGCCACGCGACGAUCUUCCCAACCUGGUGUCCUUAUUCCAAGGUGUUAACGAUUUUGUCGUUGAAAGUGAUUGUGCUAAUAACAAUAAUGGUCGACAAUUCGCAGUGACGCCAGAAACAAAGAAUUUUUCCAAAGAACAAAGAUCGCCCGGUGCUGUUGCAAGUGGCAUUCUUUGAGGGAGCUGUUGAUAAAGGUGUUUUGUCGCCGCUGCCGCCGCCGCUGCGCGGAAUGAAACAAUGUAAACGUGAGAUAAAAAAAAACAAAGCGAAUUGGCUUGUCUUUCCUAAGAGCGAGGGGUUUUUGUAGGCAACCAGCGUCGACAUCUUUCCUAGUUUCUACGAAAGCAAAAGAAGCGUGCAGCAAAGUCUUCUACGGCAACAAUAACCAUUAGAAAGCCAAGAGCAAGUGCUGAAAUAGGCGCGCGGAACGCGGAGUGCCAAACGCGGACGGAUUAUCCAUCCAUUAUUAUUCGAUCUCACGGUACACGCCGUGUCUGUAUGGGCUGUUGUGAACCGAUAUAGGGACGCGCACACGUGAACGUAAAGAGAGAUAGAGAGGGAGAGAGAGAGAGAGAAAAAGGAAGCAAGUUCGGCAUCACUCAGACGCUCUGUGUGAGGACACGCAGCGGCAGAAAGCUUCGUGCUUUGUUGUUCAGUAACGCUAUUAAUCAAAGGAGUUAAAUUGAAAAGCAGAUUUGUACUGCAGCAAUAUAGUUCGCUUGUUUGCCUAUUCAAUCAGUCGUUGUUGUUUUCAUUGUUACAACAAAGCGUCGUUGAGCAGUACGGCCGUCAUUAUGGCCAUCGUAGCUGGUAGCUUGUAAGCCAUCGUUUCUGUUGGGUGUUUCUUUUCACUCGUGAUAUUUCGUCAUCGACGUUGUCCAUAGCCGGUAUUAGUGGUGAUAACAGUGCCAACGUUCUGUGGCUUUGGUUUUUGUAGCACUUUCUCCGCCUCACUCACUCGGCCACCAAUAGCACAUACUCUUAUCUUUCGUUAACAACGACGACAACUUCCGCCGCGAUUACUUUCUCCCCUUUUCCAACGGACUCGUAUCAUGUGAGUCGUACGAUAGGUAAUUUAUUAAUCGACUGACUAUUCAGCUGAAGACAAUUAUGAAAAAAGGGAAAGGAAGGUGCUACUGAUGGCAAAAGAGACAGCAAUCGCUCUUCAACUGUGGCAUUCACGAGUUCAUUUAAAUAGUGAAGACAAAGAAGCGGUAUUACCCUUGACCACUGGUAAUCGUCAGUAAGUGAUAUCGCGUCGAACACGAAACGGACACAGAGGGGUGCAACGGGUCAAAAGUGUAUGCGGGCAGCAUCGUUUGUGUUAGACAGAAGUGUGCUUAUUAUUGGGCGAUGUUGGAAGCGGACUCAAAUCCUUCCCCCAGUGUUCCGGGGGAAUCUCCAGGAAGCGGUUCAGUACCUAGCGCCUGUUCACCUACGUCACCUGCUGGAGGACCACCGCAAAGCUCAAGCCCCGCACACUCCUACAAUAGUAACACCCCAAACCAUUUGUCGGCUCGGGCCAAAGACUUCAGUAUCGACUCGUUGAUCCUACGAAGGCAGGAUUCGAGCGAACGCGACAGCACUAGCCCCUGUGACACCAAUAGGCCAACGAUUCCAGCUACAGCCUGUGGAAUGUUAGGUCUCAAGCGUCUCGUGCAACAUGGCCACGUCGGAGGUGACGGUUCGUCGUACAGACCGUCAGCAAAACAGCGGAAAAUGAGUGUCCCGUCAUCACCGUCACCGGAGCGUUCGCUGCUGCUGCACCCACAUAGCCAUCCGCACGGCCACUCUCAUGAGCCUGCUCAUGGCUCGCCAGGCCACUUGCGGUCAUCGGGGACGUCUUUACCAUCCUCAGCUCUGAACGGAGGAAAAUCCCGUAAAAUAUCGCCCGCUGUCAGAACGAGACUGGAUCAGGAAUUGCCGUCACUUCACGAGUCCAGCGAUGUAAGAGAGUCAAAGCAUCGUGAGCGCGAAUUCAGUAAAGAGCAGCGCGUUGGGGAGAACCCGCAGUGCUACCCGAGUUGCAACUCCGCCGAUCUCGAGAUGGUCGAAGUUCAUCUCGAGACCAAAGAGUUGUGGGAAAAAUUCCACAGUCUCGGCACGGAAAUGAUCAUCACCAAAACUGGUCGACGAAUGUUUCCGACCGUGCGGGUCUCCUUUACCGGUCUGCAUCCACAACAGCGAUACGCCGUUCUUAUGGACAUUGUUCCCUGCGACAACAAACGAUAUCGCUACGCCUAUCAUCGUUCGUGCUGGCUCGUAGCAGGAAAAGCCGAUCCGGCGUGCGCAAACGUCCUCUACCAACAUCCUGAUUCGCCUUAUCACGGAGACCAAUUGCGAAAACAGGUCGUGUCGUUUGAAAAGGUGAAAUUAACAAACAACGAGAUGGACAAACAGGGCCAUAUUGUUUUGAACUCCAUGCAUAAGUAUCAGCCGAGAAUACACCUGGUCAAGCUGCGGCCCGACUACUGCUAUGCAUCGAACCCACCCACGUUUAACAGCCUCGACAAGGAAGAAUACAAGAUGUUUGUCUUUCCAGAGACAACGUUCACCGCCGUCACUGCCUAUCAAAACCAACUAAUAACUAAAUUAAAAAUUGACUCGAACCCAUUCGCCAAAGGUUUCCGGGAUUCCUCUCGGCUAACCGAUCUGGAGGGCGAGUCCGUUGAAACUCUUUUACGCGAACACGCACUGAAACAUCUGAACACGCCUUUCGCCAGGGCGGUCAUUAAUGGAGAACUCCCGCCACCUACGCCCGAGCAACAACUGCUUGCUACAACCUCAGCUUUGGGUCGGAUGCCCACCUCCUCGGAGAUACUGCUUCUUCAGGCCGCCGCAGCCAAUUCACCCUGGGCCAAGUUAGCCGCCGCUGCUACCGUAGGCCAGACCAUUGGACAACAGCUACAGGCUCAAGCAGGCGCUGUAGCUGAACUUCACGCUCUUAUGCAGCAACAGCAACAACAAAGUCAGAAUCGCCAAAUGCUCGGAGGACCUGCUGGCGGAUUGCCUGCAGCUCUUUUAGCAGCUCAACAGAUGCAGUUCCUGCAGGCGUCGACAGCCGCUUCAGGAGUGGUUUCGCCCCGAAUGUUUACACCAUCACCUCCUGUAAUGCCGAAAUUCGUUCCGGGAAGUGUCGGAAACAUGUUUCUUCCGCGCCCACCGCCAGGACUAUUCGUAGGCCACUCACCACCACCACCACCGGCCUCUUUGUCGCCCCGUAGGACAUCACCAAACGAACGUGAAAACACUCGAAGUACAAGCAAUAGCAGUCCGCCCAUUGAUCCUGCGUCGUAGUUCUGACUCGACACUAACUAGGUUUAAUGGUUCGCUAUUUGGAUUAAAGUACAUCGCAUCUAUAGGUCAUAAUGGAUAACUUAAUAGAAUUAAACCGAGCAGAGGAGGCUAAGAAAAAAACAUAUGAUUUCGUGGAUGACCAACGCCACGCUGGUAAUCUUCCUAAAAUCAGUAUGAAACCGUUUCAAAUAGAUAAAUAAAGGCGAGAUGAAGAAGCGAUGCACGGAACGAAACGAAUACCACUACUAGCCUAUUACAUUUUUUUUGCAUAGCGCUCUUAUUUAUUACUCAAAAUGUUCACGCUGAUUGAACCUUGACGCGAAACACGCGCCUGUUACAAGUGCAGCCAAUCGGGUACAGACGUCGCAAAAGGCAAGCACCUCGGCAUCACAAACGAAGGCCGAUUUGUUUGAUACACCGGUGCCUAUCGAUGCAAUAUUAUAUAUAUAGAUCUAACUGAUCUGUUCUGAUAGUUCGUCCCAACGAUACUAUUAGACACAUAGACGUUUUACGUGUCGUGGUUACAGCCUUGGUUAUCGUUUCUGAUGGUGCAUUUGUGAAAGGCAUAAUCAGAGCAAGGGCAGUGGACCUCACAAGUUUCUAAUAUAAGUAUACGACGUUUCUGAGGGACGAAUUUGAUCGAUCAGAGGAUACCUUGUCGAAUAGAAAGAUUAGGCUAUAUUUUCAACUCGACAGUUUUUGUCUGCAGCUUCACACGUCGGGUUGUUCAUACACGUUAGUAACAUUAACAAUCUACGAAUAAUGAAAAAUGUAGACUGUUUAUUAAGAGGAUUCUAUACAAAUGCAAGGGUUGGGCACGGCGGCAACAACCAUAAACGAGAUAAUUCCUCAACGUAUAAACUUAUCACCAUGUACUGUCAGAGGCACCUUCCUCUAUAAUCUAUCAUUACUAUGUGAAAGUAUACAACGAACUAGGAGUCUUCAGGCCCGUUUCUUCCAGGGACCAUAAAAUAUUUGUAUCAUAGGACAAUUACGAGCCGAUGACCUCUUAUUCAGUCGGUGUCCUUAUUCAAAGCCCACCUAUAUCCACUACGAAACAUCGAAUAGAAAUGCAUGUACCAUUGAUGCUGACAGUCACACUCGUCUUAGCCUGAUACUACUGCAUUUGACCAGAAUGAAAGCUGUACAAUAUAUCGUAACAAAAAAAAAAUAGAGGAAGCCGUACAGUGGGGCUACAUUUUGGAGUGGCCAAAAUGUGUGGUUAGCCAUUCCGUACGCCUUGCAUAGACGCUACGAGUCUGAUAUGCGAGAUGUGCAGCGCGACCCCCAUCACGACAAUAAUAAACAAAUGCCUGAUGAUCGAUGUACAUACACUCUGUGCAAUAGUACAGGUAAUUACACUCAUACUUCAACGCUAUGUAAUAGAAUUCUGAGCAAAGAUGAACGGCCACCACGUGUGUGUGGUGAAACGCAACAGAAAAUUCAAAAAUUGGGAAAGAAUGCUUUUAUUGAGACAACGUGAGGAUUCUGGACAGGUAGAGUCAGUUACGGUUCGUCAAUGAUUUACUAUGGGGUUAGUAGUGUUACUUCGCAAAGCAGAAUUAAAGACGUCCAAACUUGAAGAUCUAUAUUUAUUAGAAGCUCUAUUGCACUUUACCUAAUUCCUAAAGGCGGACAAAUCUGACUGUAUGCAGUAAAAAAAA